AUGCAGCCACAAUUCAGGGCCUUCACAGCCACCCUCCUCGGGCAGGGCCACUUAACUGCCCGCACAUCACAAGCGACGACACACGCCUCCAUACGAACGGCUUCUACGAAGGCGAAGGCAUCUCCGCAAAAACGGUCCGAUUUUUUCAAGCUUGCGCAAGCACGGCAGCGUAAGGCUGCGAACCUCUCCCGACAAAAAGUUCUCCAAGCGGAGCGGGAAGCCUCUCUGGGUGAUCCCGUCAAGAGCAAGCCCACAUCUUUCAUCCAAGAGAUUGAAGCCAUCCAAGCCGGCUCACAAAACUCUACGUUGUCUUCGGGUCUCAACUACUAUCUUCAGGCGGAGGAGCUCAAUGGGGCGCUGCAAUUUUCUAAGGACCUUGUGGAACCCCUACAAAACCCAGAUCGGGAUACCGCCGACCCUCAACUAGAGAAGGAGGCCGCGGAACUCCAUCAGAAAGAGCAUCAAAAUGCGCAAGAUGCAAUCCAGCGCAUUGUCAAUCUCAGCAACGGCAACACUAAGGACCGCUUGCGUCUGAACGUGCAGAAAUGCAUCUAUCAGUUCGGACGACAUAACACAGACCAGCAUCUACCGCCAAAACCGUCGAGUGCGCUGCAGGGAUCCAUGCCCGGCCAGCCUCAAAAGGUACCCCGAAUUGGUGUGGACACAGGCUCUCCUGAAGUGCAGGCCGCAAUCUUGACCGUUAAGAUCAUGAACCUCUACCGACACCUCCAGACCGCCAACAAAGACAAGCACAACAAGCGCAACCUUCAGAUUCUGGUCCAUAAACGACAGAAGCUUCUACGAUACAUUCGGGAGAAGGAGAGAGGAGGACCUCGAUGGCAGAACUUGAUGGAGACUUUGGGAUUGUCGGAUGCCGCAUGGAAGGGCGAGAUCGCUCUUUGA